ACUCAAAAGGUGGAAGUAAGCAAGAAAGUCUCCAUUGCUGGAGGCUACCAACUUAUGACCAUCAAUAGAUAUUGGCUCGUGGCAAGUAUCGAGCAAAGGACCCACCAGGGGUUAUGGAAAACCCUCUGGAACUACGACACGGGCUUUAUGGCAACCAGAGUGCUGCCAGAGAAGGCCUGCUACAUUUCCAUCAUGAACAGAACGGAGAUGCCCAGCUUUGAUGCACUUCCCCAACUGGCUGCAGAGAGCAGGAACCAGAACCGUCCAAGACCCCCUGCAAAGGAGAUUCUGUUCACCCUCAUCAAGAGGAAUGUUCGGGACCUCGAGUCUUAUGGACCAGACACCUUCUCUAUGUGCAGAGGACUCACAACUUAUGUGGCUUAUGAAGUUCAUGGACCCCAACUGAAUCUCAGAUCAUGUACUACGCUUGACGUCCUGAAAGUUGUGGACCUGAAUUAUUGUCGUGGCAGUGUAACGGCCUGAAAACUUUACGUUUCUUGAACCAAGUGUGGGGGAUCCAGAGCUGCUGCCCAAAGCCAACCCCGAUGCCCUUCUUCCCAGGCAUCUCCCCUUUCCAGAGAUUCCUUCUUGAGGAUGGAGAUGCUAAAAUACAUGAAUGGGUUAUCAGAGCUUUCAAUUAAAGACCUUCAUCAUGGAUUGACGCCAACUUGUUUGUCUUUACCAUUUUUCAUUUAUGAACACCCCAGAAAUACAUUUUGAUUGUCUCUCUUCUGACCCCUUCAAGCUCUUCCAACACUCUUUUCAUUGCCAGCUCUCAACACAGGGCACACCCAGAGAGCUGGGCAAGCCCUGGGGUGUGUGUG